AUGGUGUGGUGGUUGUUGUGGGUUGGCUUAGCAGUGGUGGUAACCACGGCCGGUGGCGCUGCCAGUGAAGGAAACGUGACAUAUGAUGGCAGAUCUCUGAUCAUCCAUGGGCAGCGAAAGCUCUUGUUCUCUGGUUCCAUUCACUAUCCUCGAAGCACCCCUGAUAUGUGGCCUUCUUUAAUCUCCAAAGCCAAAGAAGGUGGCCUAGAUGUGGUCCAAACCUAUGUUUUUUGGAACCUCCAUGAGCCCCAACCCGGGCAGUAUGAUUUCAGUGGAAGACGUGAUAUAGUAAGAUUCAUCAAGGAAAUCCAAGCACAAGGUCUAUACGCAUGCCUUCGGAUUGGACCCUACAUUGAGAGUGAAUGGAGUUAUGGAGGUCUCCCGUUUUGGUUGCAUGAUGUCCCAGGCAUUGUUUUUCGAUCUGACAAUGACCCCUUUAAGCUUCACAUGCAAAACUUCACGGCGAAAAUAGUGAACAUGAUGAAGUCAGAAGGACUAUAUGCGUCGCAAGGAGGUCCAAUUAUACUUUCACAGAUUGAGAACGAGUACCAGAAUGUAGAAAAAGCUUUUGGUGAAAAAGGGCCACCUUACGUUCAAUGGGCAGCAGAAAUGGCUGUAGGGCUGCAGACAGGUGUGCCAUGGAUGAUGUGCAAGCAAGAUGAUGCUCCUGAUCCAGUGAUCAAUUCAUGCAAUGGGAUGAGAUGUGGGGAAACGUUUGUAGGCCCUAACUCACCAAAUAAGCCAUCAAUAUGGACCGAGAAUUGGACUUCUUUCUAUCAAACGUAUGGUGAGAACACUUUCCUGAGAUCAGCUGAGGACAUUGCUUUUCAUGUUGCUCUAUUCAUUGCAAAGAAGAAUGGGAGCUUCAUAAAUUAUUAUAUGUAUCAUGGAGGAACUAAUUUUGGAAGGACUGCCUCAGCAUUUAUGAUAACAAGCUAUUAUGAUCAAGCUCCUCUUGAUGAGUAUGGUUUGAUCAGACAACCCAAAUGGGGUCAUCUAAAGGAGUUACAUGCAGCAGUUAAGCUAUGUUCCAAGACUUUACUUUCUGGAGCACCAGUUACUUUAUCCCUGGGUCAACUACAAGAAGCUUAUGUCUUCCAUGGAGAAUCAGGAGAAUGUGCAGCCUUUCUUGUGAACAACAACAGUAGACAAAAUGUAGUGGUGCAAUUCCAAAAUUCUUCCUAUGAAUUGCCUCCAGAAUCUGUUAGCAUCUUACCUGACUGCAAGUCGGUAGCCUUCAACACUGCCAAGGUAAGCACACAAUUCAAUACAAGGUCCAUGCUACCAGCCAUGCAGUUUGACUCAGCAGAAAGCUGGGAAGAAUUCAAAGAAGCUGUUCCCAAAUUUGAUGAGGCCUCAUUGAUGUCGAAUAUGUUGUUAGAGCAUAUGAAUACUACAAAAGACGCAUCUGAUUAUCUUUGGUACACCGUCAGGUUUCAGCAUGAUGCCGCUGAAGCUCAGUCUGUACUCAGUGUGGGUUCUUUUGGACAUGUUUUACAUGCAUUUGUGGAUGAAACACUAGUAGGAUCUUCACAUGGAACCUACAAAAACACAAGUUUUACUCUGAAGAGCAAUGUUUCUUUAAGUAAUGGAGUGAACAACAUCUCCUUACUGAGCGUAAUGGUUGGACUGCCGGAUUCUGGUGCAUUUCUUGAGAGAAGGUCUGCUGGACCAAACACAGUGAGUCUCCAACAGAAACAAGAAAGCAAAGAUUUGACAAAUUAUACAUGGGGAUAUCAGGUUGGAUUGCUAGGGGAGAGACUAAAAAUUUACAAGAAUGAAGGAUUGAGUAAGGUUCAGUGGAGCAGGUUUAAUUCGUCUUCUCAACCGCUCACUUGGUAUAAGGCCGCAUUUGAUGCACCUGGGGGUAAGGACCCAAUUGCAUUGAACCUGGGCUCCAUGGGAAAAGGUGAAGCUUGGGUCAAUGGCCAAAGUAUUGGUCGAUAUUGGGUCUCAUUUCGUACGACUGGAGGUUCUCCUUCGCAAACAUGGUACAAUGUACCCCGAUCCUUCCUGAGACCUACAGGCAACCUACUAGUUCUGUUUGAUGAAGAAUUUGGCAACCCUCUUGGCAUUUCAAUAGACACUAUUUCAAUCACAAAAGUUUGUGGCCAUGUUUCUGAUUCUAAUCCACCCCCUGUAACAUUGUGGAAGGGACAUAAACUGAGUGAAAUGAAGCAUAAAGAACAUCAUGGCAGAAGACCUAAAGUUCACCUUCGUUGUCCUCCAAAUAGGAACAUUACAAAGAUUUUGUUUGCAAGCUUUGGGAAUCCUUUGGGUGACUGUGGAAGUUACGCUAUAGGGAGCUGUCAUUCAACAAAUUCCAAAGCCAUUGUGGAGAAGGCUUGUCUAGGGAAGAAGAGAUGCUCCAUUCCUCAAUCAUAUCGAACUUUUGGUGGUGAUCCAUGUCCAGGACUUCCUAAAGCUCUUUUGGUUGAUGCACUGUGUGAAUGAAAACCAGUAACUACAUCCUAAAGCUUUAAUGGUUGAUGCACAGUUUGAAUGACAAGUGGCAAUUCAUACCAUUUUUUUGCAUAGGAUCAACGGGAUGGUUCAUAAACUGUAGGAAAGGCUUGCAAAAUUCGUA